AGAACAUCUGUGAAAGAGCCGCGAGAGAGAGAGAGAGAGAGAGAGAGAGAGAGAGAGAGAGAAUGCAGAGGUUUAAGGCCCUCUUACCAUUGAGACGUUCGUUGCAGAGAUAUAGCUUUCUCUCUCUUCACCGACACGGAUUUUCUGCUCAACCAAACUAUGCCUACUACAAUGAUGUUCAAGAGCAGGUUUUGGUGGAGGGAAGAGCUAAUUCAAGAGCUGCCGUACUCAAUAGACCAUCUUCACUCAAUUCACUUACUACUUCUAUGGCAGCUCGGUUAAAAAGACUUUAUGAAUCAUGGGAAGAAAACCCAGAUAUUGGGUUUGUGAUGAUGAAGGGUAAAGGCAGGGCUUUCUGUUCCGGUGCAGAUGUUGUUACACUUUACAAUUUGCUCAAUGAAGGGAAGGUUGAAGAAUGCAAAACUCUUUUCCGGACAUUGUACAAUUUUGUGUACCUUUUAGGAACAUAUCUGAAGCCACAUGUGGCUAUCUUGGAUGGUAUCACAAUGGGAGGUGGGGCAGGAAUUUCGCUUCCUGGAAUGUUCCGUUUCGUGACUGAUAAAACCGUCUUUGCUGCUCCAGAGGCCCAAAUGGGUUUCCAUCCUGAUGCAGGGGCUUCCUACUAUCUUUCUCGCCUACCUGGUUAUUUAGGUGAAUACUUGGCUUUAACAGGAGAAAAGCUUAACGGAGUGGAAAUGAUUGCUUGUGGCCUUGCUACACAUUAUUCACUGAAUGCAAAAGUUGCUUGGGUUGAAGAACGCCUCGGUAAAUUGAUCACAGAUGACCCUUCUGUCAUAGAGGAUUCUCUUGCACAAUAUGGUGACCUUGUCUACCCAGAGAAGAGGAGCACUCUACACAAGAUUGAAACAAUUGAUAGGUGUUUCAGCAAAGAUACUGUUGAAGAAAUUAUUACUGCUUUGGAAACUGAGGCAGCAGAGACUUAUGAUGAAUGGUGUACGACAGCCAUCAAGAAACUAAAAGAGGCCUCCCCAUUGAGCUUGAAAGUCACUUUACAAUCUAUAAGAGAAGGUAGGUUUCAAUCCCUUGACCAAUGUCUGGUUCGUGAGUAUCGUGUAUCCCUGAAGUGGAUCACCAAACAGGUCUCUAAUGAUUUUAGUGAGGGAGUUCGGGCACGACUAGUUGACAAGGACUUUGCUCCUAAGUGGGAGCCUUCAAGUUUAGGAGAAGUGACCAAGGACAUGGUUGACUACUAUUUUGCUCCCCUCGGUGACUCUGAGCCUGAAUUAGACUUGCCCACAGCACUGCGAGAACCUUCUGUUUGAUGGAGUUCCCUCCGUGUUUUCAAAAUGGGAACUUCUAGUUUUCAGAAAUCGUCGUAAUGUUCAUUCUACAUGGCCGUUUUGAUUAAGGCUUUUUAUGCUUUCCAGUAUUAUUUGAAAGUUUUGAUUGUUGUAGUUUUCAGCUUCAUAAUGAGGAACGCUUUAGUGCAAUCUGAAGAAACGAGAUUUUCUGUCUUGUUUUGAUA